ACCCAGGGUAGGCGUGGAAUUAGCUGGCUAGUGGCUGGUGUUAAGACUCGUUAAGCUAUGGUUUAGUUACUUGUUAACUGGUUAUUCAUCGUUACAAUUAUUGUUUUCUCAGCAACUUCACGGCAGUUUACAAGGUCUGUGGUCCUGUGUAGGCUAUGGCGGAACACGCCUCAGAACCCACACACCCUCUGUCACAAGGGACGGCUGACAGGAUCUACCUGGACUACAACGCGACCACGCCCCUGGAGCCGGCUGUGAUCCGGGCCGUGUCAGAGGCCCUGCGGGAGGCCUGGGGGAACCCCAGCAGUUCCUACAUCGCAGGAGCUAAAGCCAAGGCCCUGAUCAGUAAGGCCAGAGAAGACGUGGCCACAAUGGUGGGAGGGAGGGCCGAAGACAUCAUCUUCACCUCUGGAGGAACCGAGGCCAAUAACCUGGUGUUCCACAGCGUCUUGGAGGAGUUCAAGAGAAGCUCCACGGCAGAGAAGCUCCUGAACGGAGGGCCUGGCCUGCCCCACAUCGUCAUCUCCAACGUGGAGCACGACUCUGUCCAGCUGGUGGCGGAGAACCUGCAGAAGACCGGACAAGCUGAGGUGACGUGCGUGGCGGUCUCCACGGUUACGGGGCGGGUGGAGGCGGAGGACCUCCUGGCCGUCGUGAGGCCCAACACCUGCCUGGUCUCCGUCAUGCUGGCCAACAAUGAGACCGGAGUCGUCAUGCCAAUCAGGGAGCUCUGCCAGAGGGUGAAAGCUAUCAACAAGCAGGGGCGACAUCCCAGAAUACUCUUACACACCGAUGCCGCCCAAGCUUUGGGGAAGAUCCAGGUGGAUGUGGCUGACCUGGGGGUGGAUUACCUCACCAUAGUGGGGCACAAGUUCUACGCUCCGCGUAUCGGAGCGCUGUACGUCCUCGGCCCGGGAGGCAGGACCCCUCUGUACCCCAUGUUCUACGGCGGCGGGCAGGAGAGGAACUUCAGACCGGGGACAGAGAACACGCCCAUGAUCGCAGGUCUGGGGAAGGCUGCAGAGUUGGUGACAGCCAAUCUCCAUGACUACGAGAACCACAUGAGGACGACCAGGCUCUACCUGGAACAACGACUCAAAGAGGUCUUCGGAGAGGACAAGGUCCGCCUCAACAGCCACUUCCCUGGCUCUGACAGCCUCCCCAACACCUGUAACGUCUCCCUCCUGGGCCCCCAUCUACGAGGUCGUAAGGUGCUGUCCUGCUGUAAGACGCUGCUGGCCAGCGUAGGAGCGGCCUGCCACUCAGACCUCGGGGACAGGCCCUCCCACAUCCUGCUGAGCUGCGGCGUUAGCCCGGAGGUCGCGGCUAACGCGCUACGGCUGAGCGUGGGGCGCUCCACCUCCAGAGCGGACGUAGACGCGGUGGUGGAGGACCUCAGGAACACCGUCCGACUGCUGGAGGGUUAGGACGGGCCGGAGGGGGGGGUUCAGCUCUGACAGUUAGGAUGGACCCUUCCAUUACCCUUCACUGAGGGGGGGUUCAGCUCUGACAGCUAGGACGGACCAUUACCCUUCACUGAGGGGGGGGUUCACCUCUGACAGUUAGGACGGACCCUUCCAUUACCAAUUUACUGAGGGGGGGUUAAACUCUGACAGGUAGGACGGACCCUUCCAUCACAGAUUAGGGGGGGAUUCAACUCUUGACAGUUGAGAUGGACCGUUACAUUCCAGAUUACUGGGGGGUUUUAACUCGCAUUAGGGAUGGACUGUUCCGUUUGAGAUUAUGGGUUUUAAUGUUGAGUUUGUCGUGGGUCUAUUUAAUUGUUUUAUGCUUCAUGCUUUUGUAUAUAUUUUUUAAAUGAUCUAUAUGAAGUUUCCUAAAUCGUCCCCAAACUAAGGCUGAAGUUAGGUCUUCACUUAAAGUCUUACUGUACGUUUACACCAAAAGCUGUAAAAGAUGCAAACUCGCCGAUUAGCUCAAAACGCAACGCUGUCCAAAAUAUCUACAUUUAAAGGAGCCGCGCUUAGUACUCAUAAGUUUGGUCAAUAGAAAAAGAAUAAUAAGCAUAAAUACACAAAACACUGAAUAACUAAUUAAUUCUCUCAUUUACAGCUUUACAGCUUUAAAGCUAUCGCUCAAGCGUUUUAUCGCUCCUAUCGCUUUAUCGUUCAUGUCUAAUAGAAAGUGAAUGGGCGUUUAUAGCUCAAAACGCUCUACAGCUUUUGAUGUGAACGCACAGUAAGAGCCAGUGAACACAAAACCGCCUCUGUUUUGUCUUGGUCAUUUGCCUUCUAUGAUCGUCAACAUAUUAAUCUAUGCCAUUGUAUCACUGUCACUGAAAUAAGUCCCCAAUUUUGAGAAAUAAGGGAAAAAUACAAUGUGUUUACCAUUCUCCGCAAACCCAAUGAGAACGUUCCACUCUGCUCAACGCAGGUGGCGUUCUUUUCGUUACAUCAGAAUACCUUCUCCGAGCUGGUCUGACAUCGCAACUAAGCUUCACCGGCGGCGUUGUUUUUGUUGCAGGUUUUAUUAUUUAUUAUUGGAUGAACUUUGUGCUGGUAACUGUUCAAGAGAUCUUAAAGCCAGCAUUAAAAAUUCUGAAUCUUAUCAUUGUUAUCAAUCUUCCUGCUGCAAUAAACUAUUUAUCUGAGUUGACCUCGUGAACUGUCUGCUACCU